GAGCCAACGCUGUGCCGGGCGGGCCCACGGCCGCGGGGUUCCCUCGGCGCCGAGCCGUGCCCAGCGCAGCCCGGCCGAGCGCAGGGGAAGGCAGGUUGGAGCGCAGCGCCGAGAGCGGGCGGACGGCAGAGGCGGAAAUUUCCUGUUCGCUGCAUUACAUAAUACAGUUCUCAAGUCUGGAAUAAUUUGAUGAGGAAGAUUUCUUAAUUACAUCAGUGCUCCAAUAUACAAAGAAAUAGUAUUCAGAGUAACCCUGAAGGUCUUUUGAAGUCACUAAAAACCUGAUAAUUGAAAGCCAUAAUGGCAGACAUUGGAGAUGGACCACAUUUGGGGAAAGAUCUGACAGAUGCAAAAUCUGUUCCAGGUUUCAAAGGAAGGAACCUACCUGCUAGCAAGUCUAUGGACUCUGGAAUUCUGCCAGACUACAGUUACAGAAUGGAUUAUCCAGAAAUGGGGGAAUGUAUAAUAAUAAACAAUAAGAACUUCCACAGACAUACUGGGAUGCUACCCCGUUCAGGUACAGAUGCCGAUGCUGCAAGUGUCAGAGAAGUUUUUAUGAAGUUGGGAUAUAAAAUAAAGAUCAACAAUGAUCUUUCAUGUGAGGACAUUUUUAAACUAUUGAAAAAAGUUUCUGAAGAAGAUCACAGCAAGCGAAGCAGUUUUGUUUGUGUGUUGCUAAGCCAUGGUGAUGAAGGACUAAUCUAUGGUACAGAUGGCCCUCUUGAACUGAAAGCACUAACUAGCCUUUUCAGAGGUGACAGGUGCCGAAGUUUAGCAGGAAAACCCAAGCUCUUUUUCAUUCAGGCUUGUAGAGGGACCGAAUUAGAUUGCGGUAUUGAGACAGACAGUGGAUCAGAAGAAACAAUGUGUCAAAAAAUACCUGUAGAAGCAGACUUUCUGUAUGCAUAUUCUACAGCUCCAGGCUAUUACUCCUGGAGGAAUUCAGCUGAAGGCUCCUGGUUUAUUCAGUCACUGUGCAAAAUGCUGAAGGAACAUGCAAGGAAGCUUGAACUCAUGCAGAUUCUAACUCGUGUAAAUCGCAGAGUGGCAGAGUAUGAGUCCUGCUCAACUCGACAAGAUUUUAAUGCAAAGAAACAGAUUCCAUGUAUUGUCUCUAUGCUCACCAAAGAAUUUUAUUUCCCUUCCUAAAAGAAUUUUUCAGUUCAUGUUUUUAUCUGCAGUUUAUAUGCAGUGUUAGUACAAAAUAACACUUUUAAAUCUGAAUAACUGUUUACUACUGUGUGUGGCACAAUGAACUAUCUCAAAGUUAGACAUGUCUGUUAUUAGAAGUAAAGAGUAGUAUGGCUAUGUUAGAAACGCAAACUUGAGUAGCUGAAGCACAGGCAGAUUUCAAAGUAGUGCUCUGAGUAUGGCAAAAAAUUAGGAAGGGGAGACUGAAGAAAGAUCACAUUGUUUAUCAGAACUAUUUGGUGCUACAUUUCCCUUUGCUGAAGGGGCAGAGAAAAACAGUUCUUGUAAAUAGUUUGGUUUCGUAUCUUACAAAGAAGAUUCAGAAUGUGCUAUGUGUAUUAAUUAUGAUUAUAUGAUAGUGUUGUCACACAUUUCUUCUUAACUCAAGUUCUAGAAGUUUAGGUUAUAAAUUAACCUAAACUAUUUUUAUAAUUUUGGGCAUAAACUGUGGAAAACAGCCAUUUCACUUUUUUACGUACAAGUAGGAAGCAUGUUUAGAAUACAGUCAGUUUUUCCUGAUAAUUUUUUAAUUUUGUGCAUGGAAUAUUUGAUAAAGCAAUUAUAUCAACAUGGUAGCUGUUUCAAAAUAAAUUUUAUAUUCUGACCUUGAAGCUGAGUGCCUAAGGGACCAGUCUUCCAAAAUUUCUUUUUCUGCAGCUCUCUAUAGGGUGGAGCUGUUGGGGGAUAUUUGGGGCUGUAUCAAUGCAAAAGGAAGUCUGCAUUCUGAACAGUCUGCUUUCCUUUUUCUGGCCUUAAAUAAGAGUGGGUUUGCUCUGUGCUACAUGUUUACCAUAUGUAAUCUGUGUGAAAACCUAGAUUUGUGGCACUGGAGGAAUUUAACUUCUUUAAUAUUAAUUUGAGUUAAUUACAAACCUUUAGCUAAAAUAUGUAACAAAUAGUAAAUUUCUUGACUCUGAAUUUUGUGAAACAGACUUCUACAAAAUUGUAAAACAUUCUGCUUAUGUUUCAGCAUGUAGCAGUCUCUUUAAGAUCAGAGGAAGACAGAAUACUAAAUGACUAUAGGGUGCUUGCAAAACAAGACUUGAAACUCUUCAGAUUGUGUAGCAUAAACAAUGUUAGCAAAUUGAUGUUCGCUUCCAGAGGCAUUUGGUACUUUUUUUUAAAUUAAAUACUGUUUCCUAAAUUGUA